AUGGCCCUUCUACAAAACGAAGAUUUCGCCAUCUGGUUUCUGCGCACGUCCUACCUGGCAAGUGCGAAAGAUGGCACUGCGGAGCGACUCAUUAAUGUGAAUUCAUCAAUCCUAAACACUCCUGGAUUUCGUGCAGCAGGCUGGUCAGCGGAUCCUGUUCACCGGACAUACUCUCCACCCAUUCCGACAUCGAUCAACAGCGAGUAUCUCAAGGAAGGCGCCGACCUACAGCAAAUCAAUUCCCAAGCCGACGAAGAGGACGAAGGUGGCCUCGUGACUGGCAGGACCAGCAACGACACCAUUGGCCCCGGUUUGAACGUCAGGCGACGACGAAAGAAGGAGCAUGUCGAGGAUGACGAUAGCAGCGAUCUCACCGACGAGUCAGAGGAGGAGGCUGAUGGCGGACAACGAGCGGCUCAGCAAAUUCGCUUUGCAAAGAUGCCGUCUCGUCACCGAGCCGACUCUUCUCCGAUUCGCGGUUCAGACGUAGACGGAGAAAGAACAUCCCCGUUGAAAGGUCCUACCGACAAUCGACGCCGUACUGGAUCUCUUGGUGCCGUCGAGGCCGUCAAAGCUCGCGCCAGGCGAGAUACCACCACGAGCAGCGACAUGUCUUCUGAAAACGAAGUCGACCCAGCCUAUUUCCAGCGCCGUCAGGUCCACGCAGGCCAACGGUCUAAAUCUGCACCCAAUCCCAAUGACGGUCAAAUGAGGGCCGAUGGAGACCCCGGUCGGCCAGGAGAUAUGCAGGAUGAUUCUGAUGCUGAAUCUGUUGGAUCUGCAAUGUCUUCCGAACUGGGCGACACCAUGGACUCUGCAUCCCUCCUCAACACCAUGGAAGACCCGAACCUUACAUCUACAUCACCUACGCUGGGCAGUCUGACCGGCUCGGGCUCCCGUUCAUCGCUACCAGAAUCACCUAAAAGGCAGCGGACACUGCCGAUCCUGCAUGAGCUACCUCCUCCUCGACCUAUCAGUAUGAUACAACCCAAGAGCUUGCUUACAGCGGCGCUCGGUGCACAGAAAAGGGCUCCGAGCAACCCCGUACAGGCAUUCGCCGGUCUCUCAGGUAAAGGAACCCCCAACCCACUUUGGAUCAAGAUAUACACACCUUUCGCCAACAACCCCGAUGAACCCUUCGAGAUGCCAUUGGCCCGGACGUCCAAAGACGGUAGCAUGGUUAUCGUUGCAGAAGCUAUCGGUCACGCUCUAUGGAGAUAUGGGGAGGAAAAGCGGGAGCCUCCUCUAAGGCCUGAACAGCUCGAUGUCAACAAAUGGACGCUACGAAUGGUGGAAGAUGGAGAGGUGGACGACGACUUUCCGCCCCUCGUUCGCACGAGGCCUGUGGCAGACUUCACGUACAACAACAAUAGAGGCGGGAGAGGUCGUGCAACGGAUCGUCCAGUCGACGAGUUCGCGCUUGUCGAAGCGUCGGCUGCUCAGUAUGAAGCGAACAAAAAAGAAACACCGCAGUUCAUACCAGAAGCAGCGACAGAGGUUGGCCCUAUCCCUACGUUAGAUGGGGCUCCGUCACAGUCUCCAGCACCACCGCCUCCCGCAUCAAAGGCACCACCAUCGCGAACCAACAUCCUCUUGGCUGGCCAACCAUUCACCUCUGCGCUCAGUAACACAUCCUUGACACCUGCCGAUCUCCCGGCACCGGCGGCACCACAGGCCACUCCACGCAUGGGAGCCACGAAGACAAUCAGGAUACGAUAUCUGAACCUCGAGAUGACCGCGCAGACAAUGACCAUGGAGAUCUCGACCGAUGGCUACAUUGCUGAGAUUCUAGACCAUGUCUGUAAAAGAUGGAACCUCGAGAAGGCUGGGUUCGUGCUCAAAGUGGCCGGCACCAAUACCGUUGCGCCCCUGGAUCGCACCGUGGAAGCUCUCGGUGGGCGAUCGGAGCUGGAUCUUGUGCGCCGCAGGUUCGGGGCUGGUGCCAGCUUGACGGGCUCGCCGGGCAGCUCUUCGCCCAAUGCACCGUUGUUACUGGACAUCCAAGGUCCCAAGAAGGGCAAGAGGGGCCAACCCCUCCAUCCUCUGGCGCAGAAACAGGACCUGUUGUCGAGUGCCAGCAACUUCAAGAAGUAUUAUGUCACCCGGAAACAGCUGGGUGGCUUUGCCCAAGGGAGUCAGAGGGUGCUUGUGUUUGAUGGCGACAUCAUUCAUGUCAUGCCGGCUGAUACCAGCUCCAAUGCCAAAUUCAGUUCGAUUGCAUUCAACGAUAUCCUGAAGUGCAAAGUCAGCUCCAAGCACCCCAAGCUUGUACGAAUCGUGGUGCGGCGAAUCAACGAGUCGAAACGGUACGACUUCGAAGCGCGGACGGCAGGGGAGGCGCAGGAGAUUGUGGACGAGGUGACACGGGAGAUGAGGCUGGCGCGAGCAUGA